AUGACCCAGCUGACUUUGCAUCCUGAUGUUUAUCAAACACUUCUGGCAACAUUUCAUGAUGAAACACGCUUGGAUAGCCUCCUGAGUUGCUUGACUUCACCUCCAAUGUUUACAACACUUCGUUUUGACACAAGCCUUGUUGAUGGCCACACAGCACUUGAAACUCUGUCUUCGUGUUUGGCUAAGCAAUGCAAAGAGACACACAGAGAAAAGUAUGUUAUAUUCCAGCACCCUGUACUUCCAGACUGCCUUGUAAUACAGAACAGAGGACCUCAUAGUCUUCAGCAGCAUCAGAAAGAAGUCAUUGUGGAUUUGGCGUCUUCUCUUCUUUUUUUUCCUUAUCUUAUCCUUCAUAUCAGUGGGCCGACUUGUUUAUCUCCAACAGUCAAUGUCUACUUUAUCAUCAACAAUGAAUGUUUAUUUUAUUGUCCUCAUGGGAUUGGGGUUCGGAUGUUUCAACCAGUGUAUGAAGCCCCAUCUUUGGCUGAGGUGUCACUGGCUUGGAUCUCUGCUCAGAAUCUCCCAUCAAUUACUUGUGUACAUGCUUUAGAUCCGCAGAAAGGAGAACUGAUUCUAGACAUGUGUGCCGCUCCAGGUGGGAAGACUUGUCAUAUUGCAGCUCUCAUUGGUAACCAGGGAAGUGUAAUUGCUUUAGAAAAAAGUAAAGAAAGAGCUAGGAAAAUGGAGAAUUUAAAAUCAGCAUGCAUUGAAAUCUAUACCUUUGAUUCAACAAAAGCUGUAGCUGAUGAUGCAGUUCCUUCAAAUGGGCCUCCAUUUCCUCCUGGUACAUUUGAUCGUAUUCUGGUAGAUGCCCCCUGUAGUGCUCUGGGCCAGAGGCCGAGUUAUGUAAACAAGAUGACACUCAAUCAGCUGAAAUCAUUCCCUGUCAUUCAACACAAACUUUUAUUAACUGCAGUAAAGCUGUUGAAACCUGGGGGAGUCCUUGUCUACAGCACAUGUACCAUAACUCGCGAAGAAAAUGAGGAUCAGGUGGCAAGACUGUUAGCCAGGUGCUCAUGUAUGGACCUUGUUGAUAUUCCUAUGAAACUUGGUGGAGUUGGACUAUCAGGCUGUGAUCUAACAGAAGAACAAAGAUUAAAGGUCCAGAGGUUUGACCCCACAAGUACAGAGUCAGCAGAGGUCUACAACAUAGAUACCAUAGGUUUCUUUAUUGCCAAGUUUGUAAAAAAGGAAAAAGAGUUACUACAGUCAAGCUGA